AUUAAAAGAAAGCACCAUAGGAGAGGGGACUUUUUUCUUUUUUCUUCUCUCUUGUUGAUAUGACAGAGCAGCAGAAUCCACCUCGUUCCUUGUUCUAUCGUCCUCAGCGUAGCAUUUGAGACCAGCCCGGCUCCACUUUUAGACUUGUUUUUGUACGUGGCUGAUGUUGGAAGUUUAGUAGCCUGACAUUAAUUCAAUAUUGUAGCAGCCAUGGGACUGGGCGGAGGCACUGCCCGGUUGCUCUUCCUUCUUACUUUCUUUACUUCAGGAAUUCAUCUCAUUUUCUCUGACACGGACCCAAGUGAUGCUGCAGCACUCCAAUCCCUCAAGAAGCAAUGGCAAAAUACACCACCAAGUUGGGGGCAGUCUCAUGAUCCAUGCGGAGCACCCUGGGAAGGAGUCACGUGCUCCAAUUCAAGGAUCACUGCAUUGGGGUUAUCAACCAUGAACCUCAAAGGGAAGCUAAGCGGUGAUAUUGGAGGACUCACCGAAUUGAGAUCCUUGGACCUAUCAUUUAACACAAACCUCACAGGAUCCCUCACUCCUCGGUUUGGAGAUCUGCUAAAAUUGAACAUCCUAAUCCUUGCUGGUUGUGGCUUCAGCGGUAGUAUUCCAGAUGAGCUGGGCAAUCUUGCUGAGCUAUCCUUCUUGGCUCUCAACUCAAACAACUUCUCUGGUGGAAUCCCUCCUUCUCUAGGUAAACUCUCCAAACUCUACUGGCUGGACCUUGCAGACAAUCAAUUGACAGGACCUAUCCCAAUCUCCAAAAACACCACCCCAGGCUUGGACCUACUACUAAAUGCUAAGCACUUCCAUUUCAAUAAAAACCAGCUUUCAGGUUCCAUUCCACCUGAACUUUUCAGCUCUGAUAUGGUGCUGAUACACGUAUUGUUCGAUGGGAACCAACUUGAAGGAAAUAUUCCUUCCACAUUAGGCCUAGUUCAGACUCUCGAGGUUCUUCGACUUGAUAGAAAUGCUUUAUCUGGCAAGGUCCCAAAAAAUUUGAACAACCUCUCGAGCCUCAAUGAACUGAAUCUAGCACACAAUAAGCUGAUAGGCCCUUUACCAAAUUUAACAAAAAUGGACGCCCUCAAUUAUGUGGAUCUUAGCAACAAUUCUUUCUAUUCUUCAGAAGCUCCUGAUUGGUUCUCAACCUUACCAUCUCUCACCACCUUAGUUAUAGAACAUGGAUCGCUUCAUGGGACUUUGCCAUCAAAAGUGUUCAGUUUUCCCCAGAUACAGCAAGUGUUAUUGAGGAAUAAUGCACUCAAUGGCUCCUUCAACAUGGGUGACAGCAUUAGUACACAGCUUCAACUUGUUGAUCUUCAGAACAAUCAGAUUUCCUCUGUAACACUGACGGCUGAUUACACAAACACAUUAAUACUUGUAGGAAACCCGGUGUGCACUGCUCUCUCGGAUACCAAUUACUGUCAGCUCCAACAGCAGUCUACAAAGCCUUAUUCCACUAGCCUAGCUAAUUGUGGCAGUAAAAUGUGUCCCCCUGAACAGAAGCUGAGCCCUCAGAGUUGCGAAUGUGCCUAUCCAUAUGAAGGGACCCUGUACUUCAGAGCACCCUCCUUCCGGGAAUUGUCCAAUGUGAAUAUGUUUCACUCACUAGAAAUGUCUCUUUGGGGCAAACUGGGCCUAACUCCUGGUUCCGUUUUUCUUCAGAACCCUUUUUUUAAUGUUGACGACUACCUUCAGGUGCAGGUCGCACUAUUUCCACCCACUGACAAAUAUUUUAAUAGGUCUGAAAUUCAGAGUAUUGGAUUUGACUUGACCAACCAAACCUACAAGCCUCCCAAAGAUUUUGGACCCUACUAUUUUAUUGCCUCGCCUUAUCCUUUUCCAGAUGCUUCCAGAGGAAGUUCUAUGAGCACUGGUGUUGUUGUUGGGAUAGGGAUUGGCUGUGGCUUACUGGUUAUGAGCCUUGUUGGAGUAGGGAUUUAUGCCAUUCGUCAGAAGAAACGUGCAGAAAAAGCCAUUGGAUUGAGUAAACCAUUUGCUUCUUGGGCUCCAAGUGGCAAAGAUAGUGGCGGGGUACCUCAGUUAAAGGGAGCAAGAUGGUUCUCAUAUGAAGAACUAAAAAGGUGCACUUACAACUUUACAGAAAGCAAUGAGAUAGGUUCUGGAGGCUAUGGCAAGGUGUAUAGAGGAAUGCUUUCUGAUGGCCAAGUAGUGGCAAUCAAAAGAGCUCAGCAAGGAUCAAUGCAGGGCGGGCUCGAGUUCAAGACUGAAAUUGAGUUGCUAUCACGAGUUCAUCACAAAAACCUUGUUGGUCUUGUGGGUUUUUGUUUUGAACAAGGAGAACAGAUGCUAGUUUAUGAAUAUAUGCCUAAUGGAACACUGCGGGAAUGCUUGUCAGGGAAGUCUGGCAUUUAUCUUGACUGGAGAAGGAGACUUCGCAUUGCUCUUGGGUCGGCUAGAGGAUUAGCUUACUUACACGAGCUUGCAAAUCCUCCUAUAAUCCACAGAGAUGUCAAGUCCACCAACAUUCUGUUGGAUGAAAAUUUAACAGCAAAGGUCGCUGACUUUGGCCUGUCAAAGCUGGUAUCAGACAGCUCGAAAGGACAUGUUUCAACCCAGGUUAAAGGAACCCUGGGUUAUCUGGAUCCUGAAUAUUACAUGACACAACAAUUAACAGAGAAGAGCGAUGUGUACAGUUUUGGGGUGGUCAUGCUUGAGCUGAUAGCAGCUAAGCAACCUAUAGAGAAAGGGAAGUACAUUGUGCGGGAAGUAAGAAUGGCAAUGGACAGGAAUGAUGAAGAGCACUAUGGAUUGAAAGAAAUAAUGGAUCCAGGCCUUAGAAACAUGGGAGGGAAUCUGGUAGGAUUUGGGAGAUUUUUGGAAGUGGCAAUGCAGUGUGUUGAAGAGUCAGCAACAGAGCGUCCAACAAUGAGUGAGGUGGUGAAGGCAAUAGAAAUGAUAUUGCAAAAUGAUGGGGUGAACACAAACUCAACAACAUCAGCAUCUUCUUCAGCAACAGACUUUGGAGCUUCAAGAGGCGGUGGUCCCCUUAGACAUCCUUACAAUCAUGAUGUUGUAGCUGCCAAGAAUAAGGUGGAUGUUGUCGACAAUAUUAAUAAUAACAAUGCCUUUGAUUAUAGUGGUGGCUACACUCUCUCAGCAAAAGUUGAACCCAAGUAGCUGUAGCGACCAACCCUUUUUUUUUUUUGUCUAUUGUUUUCCUUCCUUCAUGUUGAUUUAUAGUGUGUUCAAUGCGAUAUGAAAACAAAAGGCCAUUAUUUUAUUUGUAGUAGUUUAUAUAUACAUGUGUAGUUUACGCGC